UUCUUUCACUGCCCAAGUGAUCUGUCGCCCCUUCCCAACAGAUUGAGACAGGGGUCAUCUCUGAUCCUAUUCUUCGGUGGUUUCACUUGCGGUGCUGCUCUGCAAACUUCUCGUGAAUCAAGUCCAUAUUGAAGCAUCUCAUCUCCCUCAUUUGACCGAUUCAACUGCAGAUAUGGCUUCUACUGCCAUUAUGGAUGAGCGCUCGGGACUGAAGCACUUUGAACGUGACAACCCGAUGGCUCACUCGAAACCUACUUUGGUUCUUGUCCAUGGGGGCUGGCAAGGGCCGUCUUUAUGGACCUACGUGAUCCCUCUGUUAGAAAGAGCCGGCUACGCAACGUACCCAGUGACCCUGGUGUCCCCAGACAGCGACCCUCCAGUCGAGGACUUCACAGCUGACGUCGAAGUUGUUAGAAGAGCCGUCGAUACACUACUCGAGUGUGGCAAAGAUGUUAUAUUAGUGCUAUUUUCUUAUGCAGGUUACGUGGGAUGCGAGGCACUCAAGUCAUUCCAUGAUGAACAAAGUACUCCUCUGCAGAAUGCGGCGCAGAAUACGGGUCCGGAUGGAGGCGUCGACAAAAAGUCUGCAAAGAAAACUGAUCUUCCAUCAUGGUUUGCCAGACCUCGACGCGGAAAGAUCUUGCAUAUCGCCUUUAUAGCGUCGUAUAUUGUCGCACCGGGAAUGACACUUUGGAGCCCAAGGAAAGGCGACUGCCUCCCUGGAAUGGAGAAUAAGGUAAGCAUCCGCAAAGUACAUGUUAUCUAUUACGACCGGCAUAUAGACGGAGUGGUGCGCGUUCUGGAUGGGCCAGAACGUUUCUUCAGUGACUUGCCGCGGCCGAUUGCUGAGUUCUGGGCCACAAAGCUCAGGAGCCAACCUAUAAAGUCCUUUUAUUCCAGAUUUACCUACCCGGCUUAUCUCUACUACCCGACCUCUUAUCUCGCUUGCAUUGAUGACAAGGCCCUUGCAUACAAAAUCCAAGACCGUAUGGCCAAGCUUGCUAAGAUCGAUCCGGAUAGGGUUGUGAGAGUGAGGUCUGGCCACAUGGUGAUGGUCAGUCAGCCGAUGGCUGUAGCCAAGUUCUUGCGUCAAGCGGCAGGAGAGACAUUCAGCGUUCUUUAACGGAGUCUCUAUGCCUGACGAGGAGGAUACUUGAUCUUCAGUUACCAUGGCUCUGUCCUAUUUGACUCCUUACAAGGGACUCUGUCUGCCUAAAGCGAAUAUGUCGACAUUCUAUGCAGUCUUUGUGGAAGUCGCUGAUAAGGAUCGUUAGAUCGACAGGAACUUAGUCACUAGCGACGUCCAAAUAAUAGUUCAACAAAUGAUUAAAGAGGCACUUCUUUCUAUAAGCACCAUUGAUCAUGGCUCCAAAAAAUCCAGAAUAGACCAUUACUAAUAUCGGUUGCUAAAAAGCUUACCCUCAUUAGCCUGUCUUGC